AUUUUGAAUUUGAAGAUAACCAUUUUCUGUGUGAUACUAGUAUCGUCGGUAAACGUUUGAAUGGAAAACGUUUGCUGUUAUCUACUUUGUAAUUUUGUUAUUGCGUAAGAGGUACUGUUGAAACUAUUACUUCUAUUUGAUAUUCAGACACUUUCGCCGGUUCCUGUAUUAUAUUUUAUUUUACCACUUUUUGAAAUGGCUGAUAACUAUCGUUCUCCUUUUUCUACGAGGUAUUCCUCAUUUGAAAUGAAAUACAAUUUUAGUGAUGAAAAGAAAUUUAAAACUUGGAGACAAUUGUGGGUAUAUCUUGCAAAAGCAGAAAAGGAAUUAGGAUUGCAGAUAACAAAAGAACAAAUUGGUGAAUUAGAAGCAAAUUUGGAAAACCUUGAUCUGAAAGCUGCAGAGGAAGAAGAAAAAUUGACCAGGCAUGAUGUUAUGGCUCAUGUUCAUGUUUAUGCUCGCUCAUGUAAAACUGCGGCACCUAUCAUUCAUCUUGGAGCAACAUCUUGUUAUGUUGGAGAUAAUACUGAUUUAAUAACAAUACGUGAUGGUCUUGAUAUUCUCUUGCCUAAGCUUGCUACAUGCAUUAAUCGUUUAGCAAAUUUUGCUGAACAAUAUAAAUGCCUGCCUACAUUAGGUUUUACUCAUUUACAACCUGCACAAUUAACCACAGUGGGUAAACGUGCUUGCCUGUGGAUCCAAGAUUUUCUCAUGGAUGAAAGAGCUUUGUCGAGGGCAAAAUCAGAUCUUAGAUUCCGUGGAGUCAAGGGUACUACUGGAACACAAGCAUCAUUUUUGACCCUUUUUGAUGGUGAUGAAACCAAAGUUAUACAAUUAGAUAAACUGGUCACUAAAAUGGCUGGCUUUGAUUCCACAUUUUCAGUAUGCGGCCAAACCUACCCACGUAAACUUGAUGUUGAAAUUGUUGCUGCACUCAGUGGACUUGGAGCUACGGCUCAUAAAAUGUGUACCGACCUAAGGAUAUUGGCAAACAUGAAGGAAAUUGAAGAACCUUUUGAAAAAUCGCAAAUAGGAUCAAGUGCUAUGGCUUACAAGAGAAAUCCUAUGAGAAGUGAAAGGUGCUGUGCGCUAUCCCGACAUCUCAUCACUCUUUAUAACAACGCUGCCAAUACAGCAGCAGUGCAAUGGUUCGAAAGAACUCUUGAUGAUAGUGCCAAUAGGAGAAUAACUUUGUCAGAAGCAUUUUUAUGUGCUGAUGCCCUGCUUAUUACAUUAAUGAAUGUAGUUGAAGGCCUGGUUGUUUAUCCUAAGGUGAUUGAAAGGCAUAUUAAUGAGGAACUCCCAUUUAUGGCUACAGAAAACAUAAUUAUGGCCAUGGUUAAGGCUGGAGGAGAUAGACAGGUUUGCCACGAACGCAUACGAGUCCUUUCUCAAGAGGCAGGAGCACAAGUUAAACUCUUAGGGGCUAAUAAUGACUUGGUUGAUCGAAUCAAGGCAGAUCCAUACUUUGAGCCCAUACUUUCAAAUUUGGAGAAUAUUUUGGACCCUGCAACAUUUAUAGGAAGAGCCCCAAAUCAGGUUUCAGAAUUUAUUUCAGUUGAAGUCAAUCCUAUUCUAUCUAAAUACAAAGGAAAAAUGAUCGACAAACCAGUGGUUUUAAACAUAUGAAAUGUGAAGAGGAGGACAACAAUUGUUUUAAAGGAAUCUUUUAGAGCUCUAUAUUCUUAUGCUAUGAAACAUGUAUUUUAUUUUUAUUAUAAAAAAAAAAACUUAAAAAAUAUAUAUAAUAAAAUAUACGGAUAAUAAGGAAGUACAUAUGGUGGUAUUAACUACAUCACAUAAAAUGCCAUAAAUAUAGAAUAUAUUGUCAGUUUAUUACUAAAACUCACUAAGUGCAUUUUUGAUGGAGCUGAACUUUUAAGAAUGUUUUUGUGAGUUUAGAUCUUAUUAAUUGAUUUUUAAAAAAACAUGUUAAGUGCACAAUUUUCUGAUUCUACAAAAGUGAAAUUCAUCAAAACUCUGAAUUAUUAAAGGUUAGGAAAUGUCACUUAAUAACUUUUUGCAAUGAUCCAAGAAUAUAAUAGUUUAAGUGAAAUCUCACUGAUGAAGUAUGCGAAUAUUGGAAAAAAGAGUACAGAGGUAUAUGAUAUGAAUUAAGAAGUUUGUUCUCACAUUUAUCAAUUUGUUCAAUUUUUAUUUUAACUACUACCAUUUCUUGUUCAGUGAUAAAUAAAAAACAACUUAAGUAUUAUAAUAGAGAUUAAUGUUAAUAAAAUAUUUUUGGUAAAUCAGAAAAUGAAAAGGUAAGGAAAAUUUAGCUGUUAUCAAUAUAGCCAGAUGUUUCUAUUUUAUUCUAUUGAGGAAACCAUUUGUAGAUAAACUGAAUCUUAACCAAUCUGACUGUGGCUUCACAGAUUCAGAACUUUUUAAUUUCAAAGCAUCUAAACUACAUUUAUAUAAAUUAUUAGGAAAAGAAAACUAUAUUUCUACAACCUAUGGAGUGUCUUGGGUUCGGUGUUAAGAUUUCCCACUUUACAGAACCUGAAUGUGUCCCAGAAGAGUCUCGCAACCUCAGGGUUAUUCCCUUAGCAAAAUAAAUAAUUACCUGUCACUCCCAUAUAAAUACCCGAGUUGGGAGAAAAUUAACAGAGUUGAUACAUCUUUAUUCUCACCUAACAUAAAAUGUGACUUUCAUUAAUCAUCAUUUUUGUCAUUUUAAAUGACAAAUAAUAUUUAAUCAUUAUUAAUGAUUAAUAUUUUAAAUGUACCAGUUAUAAAUUAAUAAAAUUUAGAAUAAUAUAUCAAAUUUCAUAUUAA